CUUCAGACACUUCUCUCGCCCAACCAAAGAAAGAGAACACACCUUCUUUUCCUUCUCUCUUUCUCUCUCUUUCUUGAAUCUCCUCUGUUUCGGUGGCAAUAAUAAUGAACAUGAUGAACACAAAGAAGCACAAUUACAAGCUUUCUGUGAAAAGAGCCACGAGAAGAAGUAGAAGAAAGCAAAGAACUACAACUACCCCAUCAUCAACAAUGGUGAUGAUGCGGAUGGCGAAGGAGAAGAAGAAGAAGAAGAAGAAGAAGAAUAUGAAGUCAUCAUCAAAGGUAUCACAGAAGCUUGAAGCACUGAAGAAUCUUAUACCGACCAAGAACAACUACUACAACCACAACAACGACCGCAUGGCGAUGAUGAAACCUACUGAUCGAUUGUUUCAGGAAACUGCAGAUUACAUCAUUUCAUUGAAGACAAUGGUAGUGAUCUUGCAGAACUUGAUUGAGUUUUAUGGAGACACCACCACAACCGCAUCAACAACAACCACAACCACUUGUGAGAAUAAUGAAAAUGUUGUCUUGUUAUAGCUUAGCUUCUUUUCUUUUCUCUUUUUUUUUUCUUUUUUAAUGUUCUUUUUUCCUUUUUAUUUAUAAUGAAGAAAAGAGGGGGAAAUGAGAAUAUCUUUGUGAUGGUAGUCUCUCUUUUUAGGCGUAAAAUUUCAGGAACACUCAGAUGCAGUUAGCCAGUUAA